AGAGAGAUGAAGAACGAAAGUGGGACGAGUAGUAGUGCAGGGAGUAAGGUUGAGAGAAAGAUUAUUGAGAAAAACAGAAGAAUUCAGAUGAAAGAUCUUUGCCUGAAGCUGGUUUCCCUCAUCCCUCCUCAGCAUUCCAGACCAGCUGAAAAGGAGAAUUUGACGCAGCAAGAUCAACUAGAACAAGCUGCUUCUUACAUCCAACAACUAAGUGCAAGAGUAGAGGAGAUGAGGAGAAGGAAGGCACAAGCACUGGCUGCAGCAGCAGCUGCAGCUAAUGCUAGUACCAAGAGAGGCCCUCCUAGUACAAGUAGAUUAGUAUCACCAGUUCUGAAAUUCAGGGUUUUCGGACAGAGCUUGGAAGUUGUUUUGAUCAGUGGACUUACGAGAAAUUUCAGUCUGCAUAAAGUCGUUAGCAUACUUGAAGACGAAGGAGCUGAAGUCAACACCGUCAACUUGUCGACUAUUGGCGACAAGGUUUUCCAUACCAUCCAUGCUCAGGUAAAAGUUUCCCGAGUUGGUAUGGAUACCUCAAGGAUGUCUGAAAGGUUGCACGAAUUGAUUUCCUAAAGAUAUCAGUAUUUAUUCCUAUUGGUAUACAUAUAUAUUUAUAUAUAUAUAUAUAUAUAUAUUACUGAAAUAAAUG